CUGCUGGAGGCACAUGGUAGGUUGCCCUUUGGGUUAGACCUGUGUCUGUUCAAAUUCACACUGUCACAUGGAUGUAGCAUGCCAUCCCAUCCCUUCCAAGCAAGCAAGCAAGAAGAGUGUCACCUACUCUACUCAACAAGGCAAUCAAACGGCUCGCUCCUUUUCCUUAUAAACUUAGCUUGCUACCCCUGUGCAGAAGCACUAGUGUGAUCUGACUCUUGGCCUUGGCAAGCUCCCAGCUCCAGCUUGGUGCCGGUGCCUGCUCUGAAGCAUAGCAAGAUGGGCAGGGGAGCUCAGCCAUCUGCGCCGCUCCUGCUCUUCUCUCUGGGGCUGGUGCUUCUCUACUUCACCGCAGGCAGCACCGUCCGUCUUGCGGAGGCACAGCAGAAGACGUGGUGCAUCGCGAAGCCGUCGGCGUCGAACGAGAUCCUGGCGCAGAACCUGGACUACGCGUGCUCCCAGGUGAGCUGCGCCGUGAUCCAGAAGGGCGGGCCGUGCUACUACCCGGACAGCCUGGUGUCCCGCGCCGCCGUCGCCAUGAACCUCUACUACGCCUACAGCGGCCGCCACGCCUGGAACUGCUACUUCAACAACUCCGCGCUCGUCGUCCAGUCCGACCCCAGUUACGGAUCCUGCACGUACUACUGAUGGUGAGUGGCGCCGGUUGUGGAGUGGAGGGACGCCGUGCGAGCUCAACUGCAAACUGCUGAUGCAGCUGAGACAACUCAGAUUGUCGGGGAACGGCAGAGGCUACUCUCUGAUUGUUGUGUGGUGGAUUGUGAUGUGUCUAGUGAACUGUGAUGCAGUUGACCUUUGGAGAUUUUCGAACAGCUCAUUGAUAUCUUAACUCGAGGUUGUCGCUUCGAACAUAGAUCUGUUCGGUUUGUCGACU